AUGGCUGCAGAGGAUGAGAAACCGUUGUAUACUUUGCACUAUUUCCCCUUCUCACUUUACUCUCUCAUGGUACGAUUCGGAUUCGUUCUUGGUGAGAGCCUAAACUCCGAAACGGCUCCCAACGUUGAGAUUCGCCAUGUCAACCUUCAGAAAGAGGAGAAUUUAUCCGAAUCAUAUCUAACUGAGAUUAGUCCAAAAGGCCAGGUCCCGGUUCUCACAUCGCCAACGCUUCCCUCGCCAAUUGAUGACAGCCAUGACAUCUCGAAAUGGUUAUGCAAGAGGCAACCAGAGCUAUUACCCGAGCAACACCGAGAGGAAAUCGAUAGGCUGCUUGGAAGACUAUAUGACUUUCACGCCAUGGCUCUGUCAGUGACUCUUGAGGACAGCAGAGACGGUAUUCCCAACAAGGCCGCUGCAUUGCUGGAGAAUCCGGAAUUAUCCAAAGGACAUCGACGGGCCCUAGAAAUUAAGAGUGUUUUCCAUGAUUCCCAGUACAAUCGAGCUUUGGAACAAGACAACCUCAUUCAAGUAGAAGUUCAGGCUCGCGACUUUAUGAGGGAUGUCACGGAUAGUUUAAAAACACACAACGAACAUGGCACAACAUGGAUCUUUGGCGAUCAACCGACGAUCCUAGAUGCCCAUACAACCGUUUUAGCAGCCAGGAUGAUGGAUCUCGGCCGGUUCGAUCUCGUUUCGGACUCUGUUAGAACCUAUGCAACGACGGUGAUGGAGACAGAAGAGUGGAAAAAAACCACCCAUGGCCGACCAACUCUGUGGAAUGUCUCUCUCGGUCCAGCUGCCGAUCUAGAACCCCUGUAG